AUGAAUCUUUGGACAUGCGAAAUUUUGAGCUUAUUCUCGUUUGUAAGACGACUAGGAUUGUAUCAAGCGACUCGAAUCGAAAUAUGCAGUCGGCGCGGAAAUGAGAAAGAUACCUGGAAUCGGGCUGUGCUCACAUGCGACCCGAGAAUCGAUUAUAACAUUAUAUCUCAGCAACUCGUAGCAGAGGUGCUGCAAGCGCGAGUACAGCCGAUAGACGAAAAAAUGGAUUCAUACGUACAUACGUACGACCGUGGCGAAAAAGUAGUAGGAUACGUGGAUCUUACUUGGUGUCUUGAGAAAAAUAAUAGACGGAUGCAAACCACACGGUUCUGGGUCACCUCGACGGAAAACCCUUGCUACGAUGCGAUCCUCGGGCGGAAGGAUGCAGAGAGAUGCGGUCUCGUAAAACAUAAAUGGGGAUGUUUGGUUGGUCAUGCGUAG